AAAUACCUGUGCAUUAAUAUGUUUUUCGGGUUGUGUGAUUUCCAUACAUGUAUAUAGUUGCCACUUGGUUUACCAUAGCUUGGUGUUAACUACAGAUCUGAUUUGGGAUUCUGAAAUUGCCCUGGUGUGCAGCACAUGUCACACUGUCUUCUGAUUACUGGUUGCAUUUACAACAUGCCACAUUAUAUAUAAGUCACAGUAUUUUGUGUGUCAGGUAUAGAGAGAAAUAUAAUUUUUUUGGAUGAAUUCAGUUAAACUAAUUGAGAGUUAGCUGUAGUAAGCUGCCCUACACACAAGCGCUCUGACCCCAGAGGUGAGCUGCUGUUCACCCAAACGCCCUGACUCCACAGGAAGGUUCACAUCCAACCGAACACCGUGACCCCAGAGCUAAGCUGACAUGUACCCAAAGACCCUGAUCGCAGAGUUAAGCUGUCAUCUACUCAGAUGCCCUAAUUCCAAAGGUAAAGCUCUUAUCCAACCAACUGCAUCCAACCAAGCGCCUUGACUCCAGCGUUAAGAUGACAUAAACCCAAACACUGAUAAAAGAGGUACAUUUUCAUCCACUCUGACUCCUUGAUCCCAGACGUAAACUGUCGUCCACCGAAACACCCUGGCCCUAGAGAUAAGCUCCCAAACAUGCAACCGGCCCAACCACAGAGGUAAGCUGCUGUCCAUCCAAGCACCCUGAUCACAGAGGCAAACCACUGUCCGCCCAAACACCCUGAUCCCAGAUGUAGGCUGCCAUCCACGCAAACACAUUGUUCCCAGAAGCAAUCUGUCAUUCACCCAACCAUGCUGAUCCCAGAGGUAAACUACCUUCCAUCUAACUGUCUUGUUCUUUGGGGUAAGCUGACAUUCACACAAAUACCCUGAUCCCAGAGGCAAGCUGCGGUCUACCCAAACACGCAGGCCCCUCAGGUAAGCUCACAUCCACCCAAAUGCCCUGAUCACAGAAGUAAGCUGCCAUCCACCUAACAUACCUGUCAAGUAUCCCGUUUUGGCCGGGAAAGUCCCGUAAUUUACCCUUCUUUCCUGCCGUCCUCCCGUAUUAGUAUUUUCCUGUAAAUCUCCCGUAUUUUAACCUGCGUUAUUUAAAAAAAAAAUGUCCCCCCAAAAAAAAUCUGAGCUCUGUUACUAGCUUCGCGAUAACUACCACCUGCAGUAGCCUACUACACGGGGAAAAAAACACAGGAAAAAAAGAAGAAAAAAACAGACAGAUGAUGGACGCCAGGACAGAGAAGGAAGGCACUCCUGCCAAAAAACCAAAACCCUCGUGUAAAUACCGUGAUCAAUGGGACAACAAAUUUAUUUCUCUGAAGAAGAGCAGGGUGGGGGACAGUCACGCGUUUUGUAAAAUUUGUAACUGCGACUUUAGCAUCGCACACGGGGGAAGGAAUGAUGUAUGCCAGCAUGACAAAUCCGCCAAGCAGAAGCGCGGGCUAAUGGCACAAAAACAUGCCCAGGCGAUGUCAGCAUUCGUGACAAGAAAUGCCACUGAGGCAGACCAGGUCACAAGUGCAGAGGUAAAAAUGGCAAUGCUGUGUGCCAAAAACAACAUUCCUUUCUCCUUCCAUGAUGACUUCAACAAGUGUGUAGCUGACAUGUUCCCGGACUCUGCUAUUGCACGAAAAUACUCAACGGGAAAAACGAAGGCUACUCAACUCAUCAAAGACAAAGAAUUCGUCAUCCUGACUAGACUCUACGAUGAGGCCACUCUGCAGGUCGCUACAAGAUUCCUGGAGAUGCCUACAUGCAAUGUAGGAAAUGCAGAAAAUCUGUAUGGAAAGCUGAGUGAGGCAUUAAGAAAAAGAGGCAUCCCAUGGGAAAACCUGAUUGCCUUUAACUCUGAUAAUGCAAGUGUUAUGAAAGGCCAACAUAACUCGGUCAUCAGCAGACUGAAGACCAGCCAGCCCCACAUCCAGGACCUUGGCUGCAUCUGCCACCUGGUACAGCUGGCCACUGGCUGUGGCAUCAGAGCAGCCCAGGUACCGGUGGAAGACAUCCUGGUGGGGAUAUACACCCACUUUGAUAAAAAGUAA